AUGCCGGCAGGAGACCACGCAUUUUUAUUCGAUAUUCCCCUCCCAAGUAAGGUCUUCGACACAGCCACUGGGCCAAACCAUCAAUAUCACACAUAUCGCGUAGAGGCCAUUAUCGAGCGACGCCUCAAAAGCGAUUUCGUGGUCUCGAAGCCAGUUAGGAUUUACCAGGUUUCCGAUUUGGAGACAAGUUAUUUAAGACCACAUUGCCCACUGACUCUUGAGGGUCACUCCGACAAAAAUAUCCAAUACUGCCUCUCCAUCACUGACCGGAACGUUCCCUUUGGUUGCACAUUUCCUGUGGAAUGCUGGUUUGCACCGUUAUUGAAAUACGCCAAGCUCAACACUGUCACAAUAAAAGUGAUCGAGAAACAGACUGCGCGGUUGGAUGCUACUGCUGCAGAAUCAGCGCAACACAACAUGCGUUUUAUCACUGCAGUACAAAGUCAGACUGUUUUCUCAAAGACCGUCGAUUUCUCUCGAGAUGAGUCCCCGGUGGAUGACGACUCUGAGAUUGAAUGGCGCUUUACCACGCCCGUUUCUUUGCCUCGGAGUCUCGACGCUUGCUCGCAGAGUAUCUCGACCAAACACCUCAAGAUCGCUCAUGAGGUUUCUAUCACUGCUGAGUUCCACAAUGAGAUAGGUGAUGUAAUAGGCGUGAUUACGGAAGUUAUGCCUUUUAAAAUUUAUAUGACAGCUAAUGUGAUGGGAGAUAAUGCGUCAAUUUAUGGGCAAGAUAUACUACUUAUGCAGGGAAGCCAAAGUCCACCUCCUGCCUACAGCGAUCGCUUUUCGGACUUGAUCGUGUCGACAGCUACUCAAUUGAAUAUUUGUGAGCAGCCCAUGUUGGUGGAGAUCAAUUCUGCGCGUUCGUCAAGUGAGCAAAGUGCGAGCAUUCACACCAUGGAGCCUGCUCCCCGAUACGAACAGGUCGUAUAG